GGAACGCGCAACGGUCCCAACGUCCACUCACAACCACCUGCUCGUCGAGGAAGCAUCGGAUCUCUUUGUUCACCUGGUUCUACAAUUUAGAGAAGUUCGACGGUAUACCAGUGAGGAACAGGAUGAGGAAGAACGCCGCUUCCGGUUUCCCGCUCACCGUUUCCGUUUUCACGAUCAUCGUUCUGCUAUGUGUUACUGGAACGACCUAUGCUAAACGUGGCUGCUCAGCUUUUGGACAUUCCUGUUUCGGUGGUCACGGCAAGAGAUUCGAUCCACAUUUCCGGGAUCUUACAUUUCAAGGAAACGAGCUGCCAACAAGCGACAGCACCCAUGAAACAGGUGUUUUCCGUCUGAGCAACCAAUUCCUCAUUCCACAAGAAAAAUCUCGUGGACGACAAGAAGUAUUGCUUCCUCGUCGACAGGCGUCGUUGAGAUUUGAUCCUUACACAUUACCCUCGAUCGUCCAGCAAUGGUUGAUGUCACAUCAUCGUCUACAUCAGCCGGAAAUGGAACUCAAUAACAAAUAAAUGGAACUCAACAAUAAAUAAAUGGAUAGGCAUUUCUACUGUAUUUUGAGUUUGGAUUUCGACAGGAAAUGUAUACUUAAAAAUUGAUACUUAAUUUUUGGUUAAGUAUUUUAAUUACCUACUUUUAUAUCUUAACGUUCAACAUGAUAUCUGUUUAAAGUUACCUUCUUUUAUGUACAGGGUGUUCGACAACAGGUGGGCAAUAUUUUACGGGAUGAUUUUAG